AUGCUUGGUGAGAAGCAAGAUAUGCCUACAAUUGUUCACUGUGAUAGUAGCUCAGCAAUCAAACUUGCAAAAAAUCCGGUGAUGCAUGGACGCAGCAAGCAUAUAGGUGUUCGUUUCCAUUUUCUUCGUGAUCUUAUAAAGGCAGGAACUGUGGAAAUGGUGCAUUGCAACAGUCAAGAACAAAUUGCAGAUGUGAUGACAAAACCUCUCAAGUUGGAUGCAUUUGUGAAGCUGCGAAUCUGUUACCAGGUUACUCUUUGUGAGGCUAUUUAA